AUGGCCGCCGCCAAUGACCCCCGUAUGCCCUCAGAAACAGCGAAAUUUGUCACAAUGUUGGAUUUCCUCGAAGAAGGUGUAGAUCAAAUUAUGACGAAGGGACGAGCCGAUAUCUCCCCUUACAGGUAUUCAUCGUUGUGUACCACGUUGUAUAACUACACAACGACGUCCGGUGGUCUCAAGAAUGAUAGGGGCCCACCAGAAUCCGACGGGAAUGAAGGCAACAAAGGGAGGCCUGACUGGGCCAAGAGCCUGAGACCCUUGGACGUUAAGAAGAAGGUAGUUGCUCCGUAUCUACUGCUAGUCCGUUACUUUACAUGCCACUCGGCGUGCAUCUUGGAUAAAGCAGAUAAGCUGCGUGACCAGGCUCUUCUGCGGUAUUACGCCGAGGAAUGGGACCGGUAUGUCGACGGCGCGAGCUGUGUCGGUCGGGUUUUUUCCUAUUUGAAUCGUUUCUAUGUGAAUCAAGCGAGGUGCAAGGGACAAAGGGGAGUGUAUCCGGUGUUUACUCUUGCUAUGGUUCAGUGGAAAGACAAUGUAUUCCUCCCCUUCCAACAUAAUAAGAAGACGAACUUAACGAGUGCUCUCCUCAAACUGAUUGAGGCGGAGAGAAACGGAGCCACCAUCGACCAAGGCCUGGUGAAAAAGGUCCUCGACUCCUUCAUUUCACUUGGUCUAGACAACAGCAACCUCAACAAGCCAUGCCUCGACGUCUACAAAGAGCAAUUUGAAGUGCCCUUCCUCGAUGCGACUCAGAGAUUCUACGAACGAGAAUCUGAAUUGUUCUUGGGAGCCAACCGUCUAUCAGAUUACCUAAAAAAAGUGGAAGAGCGCCUGCAAGAGGAAGAGGAUCGAGUUGUUGCGUAUCUCAAUCCACAAACGCGAGAGGGAUUGAUCAGCGAAUGUAGAGGCCUUCUUAUCUGCAAGCAUGCCGAGGAGCUGUGGGAACGCUCCCAAUCAUUGCGCGAAGUUGAAGACUUGCAAAGAAUGCUUUAUUUGCUGUCAUUGCUACCGAAGGGCGGGGAACCCGUUUUCUAG